GAGAUAGCGAGCGCCCUUCAUCACUUUCAUUCAUCGUCAUCGGUCGCACUCGCACGCCACCCAACAUAUCCACCCCCGAAAAGAAAACAAAUCCCACCUCGAGAAUCUCGAUGGCCGCCCACGGCAAGCCCAAGCCUGACGGCCAGCCGCCGCCCCCGCCUCCGCCACCGCCCGGGGCGAAGAAGGGCUUCAUGCGCCGCAUGUUCCCCUUCCUCCUGGCCGCCAAUCUCUUCGUCGGAGUUUAUGUACUUGUGCGGACCUACCGAAAGGACUCUGGAAAGGACCCUGCGACAGAUCCUGCCACCGUAUCAACCUCAUCUGCUGGGAAGCCUGCCGAACCAGUAAAUGUGCCCAGAAAGGAGCUCCCACCAAUCCCCCAAGACGAGCAGCGCCACCUCUACAAAUGGAUGCUGGAAGAGAAGCGGAAGAUCAAGCCACGCAAUGCUGCAGAGAAGAAGAAACUCGACGAGGAGAAGGCCCUUCUCAAGGAGUUUAUCCGAGCAGGUUCCCUCCCAAGCUUAUAAGCUCACCAGCUGUCAUUCCGGAUCUCUUGUAUCUGGUGUGUCACCAGGAAUGUGGUUGGGCCUGAUUGGACUGUGUACCACAGUAUUGUACUAUCUUGUAAGCUGAUAUCUCGAUGAUUUGACCUCCUCAAGUCCGAAGGUUGUGUGCAUGGAAACUUGCAUUGGCUGCAUUGAAUCUUCUGUGUGGGAACUUAG